AUUUAUGUGGCUCCCAUCCCACUGUCAAAAAGUAUUGUCAGCUUUCUUCACCUGCAAUACACACACAUAUAUCAAGAAUAACAACUUUCCCAUAUCAACCUGUCAGGAAGAUUGAGUGCAGCUGACACAUUCUAAUUCAUCUCAAAUCACUGACAUUUCGUCAUCUCAAUCUGUAUCUGAUCGUUACACACAUAACUCUUUAUACAGUUGUUCAUUCCAGACGAUUAAGAACUUCGAAGGUGUGUAUGAUUUACGCUACCAUUUGUACGUAUAUGUAGAGAGAGACAGAGAGAGAUGGAGGCUAAUGUUGAUAUAGAAUGUGAAGGAGGAAAGAUUGAGAGGAAUGAAUCGGCGUGUGAUGAUAGAGGAAUGAUCAGGCAACCGCUUCUUUCGAAGAACAGAGUCAAUACGUCGUCGCAGAUCGCCAUUGUUGGUUCCAAUGUGUGUCCGAUCGAGUCUCUUGAUUACGAGAUUCUCGAAAACGAUCUGUUCAAGCAGGACUGGAGGUCGAGGAAGAAGGUGCAGAUACUACAGUACAUUACUUUGAAAUGGACACUUGCACUUCUUAUAGGAGUAUCUACAGGGCUGGUUGGAUUCUUUAACAACCUUGCAGUGGAGAACAUUGCUGGCUUUAAAUUUCUACUCACCAGCAAGCUUAUGCUCCAGCAAAAAUAUUAUCAGGCAUUUCUUGCGUUUGCUGGUAUAAAUCUAGUUCUUGCAACUUGCGCUAGUGUCCUCUGCGCUUAUAUUGCCCCUGCAGCAGCUGGAUCCGGUAUACCGGAAGUUAAAGCUUAUCUUAAUGGAAUAGAUGCACAUUCUAUUCUUGCCCCGAGUACGCUUUUUGUGAAGAUAUUUGGAUCCAUACUUGGUGUUGCUGCUGGAUUUGUUGUGGGGAAGGAGGGACCCAUGGUGCACACUGGGGCUUGCAUAGCCAACUUACUUGGUCAAGGAGGCUCUAGAAAGUACCAUUUGACAUGGAAAUGGCUAAGAUACUUUAAAAAUGACCGGGACCGAAGGGACCUAAUCACAUGUGGAGCUGCUGCUGGUGUUGCAGCCGCCUUCCGUGCCCCGGUUGGCGGAGUCCUUUUCGCUCUUGAAGAAGUAGCCUCGUGGUGGCGGAGCGCUCUUCUGUGGAGAACCUUUUUCACCACGGCUGUAGUAGCUGUGGUGUUGAGAUCUCUUAUAGAAUAUUGUAGAAGUGGAUAUUGUGGCUUAUUUGGCGAAGGAGGUCUCAUCAUGUUCGAUAUCAAUAGCUCAAUACCCGAUUAUAACGUGGUAGAUCUUUUGGCUGUUACAUUAAUUGGAGUGAUUGGAGGAAUUUUAGGAAGUUUGUAUAAUUAUCUCGUUGAUAAGGUCCUGCGUACGUAUAGCAUGAUCAAUGAGAAAGGUCCCACUUUUAGGGUGUUUUUGGUCAUUGUAAUUUCGCUCUUGACGUCUUGUUGUGCUUAUGGCAUACCGUGGUUCAGAGAGUGUGUCCCGUGCCCCGUUGGCUUGGAGGUAGAAUGCCCUGCGGUGGGCCGUUCCGGAAGCUACAAAUACUUCCAGUGUCCACCGGGUCAUUAUAACGAUCUUGCAUCGCUUAUACUCAACACUAAUGAUGAUGCCAUUCGGAGCUUAUUUAGCUCUCUUAAUGCAGAUGAAUUCCGUAUAACCACUCUUCUUGUUUUCUUUAUUUUAAUGUAUGCCCUUGGUAUCAUAACUUAUGGCAUUGCAAUUCCAUCUGGACUCUUUAUUCCCGUUAUUCUUGCUGGAGCAUCAUACGGUCGUCUUGUUGGCAGUCUACUAGUUUCCUUCUCAAAUCUUAAUGUUGGUCUCUUUGCGCUCCUCGGGGCCGCGUCUUUCCUAGGUGGCACAAUGAGAAUGACUGUGUCCCUCUGUGUCAUACUUCUUGAACUCACAAAUAAUCUCCUUAUGCUUCCAUUAAUGAUGCUCGUUCUCCUCAUUUCGAAAUCCGUUGCUGAUAAUUUCAACAAGGGUGUUUAUGACCAGAUUGUGAAAAUGAAAGGGCUACCCUUUCUUGAAGCCCAUGCUGAACCAUACCUCAGACAGUUGGUUGCAGGUGAUGUUGUUUCUGGACCGUUGAUCUCGUUUUCUGGAGUUGAAAAAGUUAGUAACAUCGUACAUUCUUUAAGAUUGACUUCACAUAACGGUUUUCCUGUCAUUGAUGAGCCGCCUUUCUUGGACGCCCCGGAACUUUGUGGGGUCGUUUUGCGGUCUCAUUUGAUUGUAUUGCUUAAAGGAAAGAUGUUUACUAAAGAUAGACGUUUGACCGGGACCGAAAUGUUACAAAGGUACCGAGCAUCAGAUUUUGCAAAAGCGGGAUUGGGUAAGGGGCCGAAAUUGGAAGAUUUGGAUAUUAAGCCAGAAGAUAUGGAUAUGUAUGUUGACCUUCAUCCGAUUACUAACACGUCACCUUACACCGUUAUUGAGUCAAUGUCUCUGGCCAAAGCUGCUGUUGCUUUCAGAGAGCUCGGGCUUCGGCAUUUGUGUGUAGUACCAAAGACUCCUGGGAGGCCGCCAAUAGUCGGUAUUUUGACCCGUCAUGACUUCAUGCCAGAGCACAUUUUGGGACUCUACCCAGGCAUCGACAAACAAAAAUAGAUGGACAAGGUGGUAACACAGGAUACACGGUUGUUUUAGGUAUCUUUAGUAUUUAAAAAUGUACUUUGAUUAAGCUAAUAGAUUUUAUUAUAGAUUGUGAAUGCAAUCAACAUUUAUGGUAGUUAAAAUGUUGGUAAAAAUGUGAAAGAAUAAAGGAAACAAGUACCUAUUGAUGUUCA